CCAGAGGCUGUGAUCUGUGCACAGCGGCCCUGUAGGGGCCGCUGAAUGGCUGCUCGUUGAGGCGGCGGCGGCUCCUCCGGGCAAGGCGUGGCGGCGGCCGGAGUGAUGCUGCUCAAGCUCCUGCAGAGACAGACGUAUACCUGCCUGUCCCACAGGUAUGGGCUCUACGUCUGCUUCGUGGGCAUCGUCGUCACCAUUGUCUCUGCCUUCCAGUUUGGAGAGGUAGUUUUGGAAUGGAGCCGAGAUCAAUACCACGUUUUGUUUGAUUUCUACAGAGACAAUAUUGCUGGAAAGUCCUUUCAGAAUCGACUCUGUCUGCCCAUGCCGAUUGAUGUGGUCUACACCUGGGUCAACGGCACUGAUCUUGAACUGCUAAAGGAACUAAAGCAAGUCAGAGAACAGAUGGAGGAGGAGCAAAAAGCAAUGAGAGAAAUCCUUGGGAAGAACACAACGGAGCCAACUAAAAAGAGUGAGAAGCAGUUGGAGUGUUUGCUGACCCACUGCAUUAAGGUGCCAAUGCUCAUCCUGGACCCAGCCCUGCCAGCCAACGUCACGCUCAAGGACCUGCCAGCUCUCCAUCCUUCUUUUCAUUCUGCCAGUGACAUAUUCAAUGUCGCAAAGCCAAAAAACCCUUCUACUAAUGUCUCAGUUGUUGUUUUCGACAGCACUAAGGAUGUCGAAGAUGCCCAUGGUGGAAUGUUUAAAGGAAAUAGCAAACAGACAGUUUGGAGGGGCUACUUGACAACAGAUAAAGAAGUCCCUGGCUUAGUGCUAAUACAAGAUUUAGCUUUCCUGAGUGGAUUUCCACUGACAUUCAAGGAAACAAAUCAACUAAAAACGAAAUUGCCAGAAAAUCUUUCUUCUAAAAUAAAACUGUUGCAGUUGUAUUCAGAGGCAAGUGUAGCACUUUUAAAAUUAAAUAACCCCAAGGGUUUCCAAGAACUGAAUAAACAAACCAAGAAGAACAUGACAAUCGAUGGAAAGGAACUGACCAUAAGCCCCGCGUAUUUAUUGUGGGACCUGGGUGCCAUCAGCCAGUCUAAGCAGGAUGAAGAUGUGUCUGCCAGCCGUUUUGAAGAUAAUGAAGAGCUGAGAUACUCCUUGCGAUCUAUUGAGAGGCAUGCACCGUGGGUUCGGAAUAUUUUCAUUGUCACCAAUGGGCAGAUCCCAUCUUGGCUGAAUCUAGAUAAUCCUCGAGUUACAAUAGUAACACAUCAGGACGUUUUUCAAAAUUUGAGCCAUUUGCCUACCUUUAGUUCACCUGCUAUUGAAAGUCACAUUCAUCGCAUUGAAGGGCUGUCACAGAAGUUUAUUUACCUAAAUGAUGAUGUCAUGUUUGGGAAGGAUGUCUGGCCAGAUGAUUUUUAUAGCCACUCCAAAGGUCAAAAGGUUUAUUUGACAUGGCCUGUGCCAAACUGUGCUGAGGGCUGCCCGGGUUCCUGGAUUAAAGACGGCUAUUGUGACAAAGCUUGUAAUAAUUCGGCCUGUGAUUGGGAUGGUGGUGAUUGCUUUGGUAACAGCGGAGGCAGUCGCUAUGUUGCGGGAGGUGGGGGCACCGGGAGUGUCGGAGUUGGGCAGCCCUGGCAGUUUGGUGGAGGAAUAAAUAGUAUCUCUUAUUGUAAUCAAGGUUGUGCAAAUUCCUGGCUUGCUGAUAAGUUCUGCGACCAAGCCUGCAAUGUCUUGUCCUGUGGUUUUGAUGCUGGCGACUGUGGACAAGAUCAUUUCCAUGAAUUGUACAAAGUCACACUUCUUCCAAAUCAGACUCACUAUGUCCUUCCAAAAGGUGAAUGCCUGCCUUAUUUCAGCUUUGCAGAAAUAGCCAAAAGAGGACUUGAAGGUGCCUAUAGUGACAAUCCAAUCAUUCGACAUGCUUCAAUUGCCAAUAAAUGGAAAACCAUCCACCUGAUAAUGAACAGUGGAAUGAAUGCGACCACCAUACAUUUCAAUCUCACAUUUCAAAAUAAAAAUGAUGAUGAAUUCAAAAUGCAGAUAACAGUAGAGGUUGAUACACGAGAGGAACCAAAACUAAAUUCUACCACCCAGAAGUCUUACGAGAAUUUGGCUAGCCCCAUAACACUUCUUCCAGAGGUAGAAAUCCCAUUUAAAGAUGUUCCUGUGGAAAAACGCUUUCCAAAGUUCAAGAGACGUGAUGGUAACCUAACAGGGAGAUCCCUGGACCAGGUGAAAAUUCCCGUGGUCAAUAUUUCACUUCUUCCAAAAGAAGCCCAGGUAAAUCUUGGUGACUUGGAUUUGCAGCUGGAACGUGGAGAUAUCACUCUGAAAGGAUACAAUCUGUCCAAGUCUGCCUUGUUGCUGUCUUUUCUGAUGAACUCACAGGAUGCUAAAGUGAAAACAGGUGACACUGUAAUAACAGAUGAAAGAAAUGGCCAUUUGGAUGUCCCACUGGGAAAACGGGUUCACAAAAACGUCUUGACAAACAGCUUAGAAGCAUCUGAAAGAUUACUGAGCUCUACCUCUCCAACAGUGACAGUGAAGGUGAAUGACCACCCUCAGGGUCAGAAUCCAUCCCAAGGCUUGGGCACCAAAGCCGGAUUUAGAUCUGAAGCUGAAAGCCAAAAAGUGGGUGGAGGGGUGUUGAGCGAAAAGCUUUCCUCUCUGAUUGUUCCACUGGAAAAACAAGUGACGAAGGAAAAGAAAAUCACAGGGAAAGAAGAGAAGGACAGAAUGGAGGAACAUGCUAAAAAUAGCAUGGGCAUUAAUGAAGUAUUAUUACCUGGACGAAAGCUGCACCAUUAUGCAGAAAGAUACCUGGGCUUUUUGCCAUGGGAGAAAAAGAAGUAUUUCCAAGAUCUUCUUGAUGAAGAAGAGUCACUGAAGACACAGUUGGCCUACUUCACCGAGAGCAAACACACUGGGAGGCAACUGAAAGACACGUUUGCAGAUUCCCUCCGCUACGUCAAUAAAAUUCUAAACAGCAAAUUUGGAUUCACCUCUCGGAAGGUCCCUGCACACAUGCCUCACAUGAUUGACCGAAUUAUUAUGCAAGAACUGCAAGAUAUGUUCCCUGAAGAAUUUGACAAGACAUCGUUUCACAAAGUCCGCCAUUCUGAGGAUAUGCAGUUCGCCUUCUCCUAUUUUUAUUAUCUCAUGAGUGCAGUCCAGCCACUGAAUAUAUCUCAGGUUUUUGAUGAGGUGGAUACAGACCAAUCUGGUGUCUUGUCUGACAGAGAAAUCCGAACACUGGCCACCAGAAUUCACGACCUGCCUUUAAGUUUACAGGAUUUGACAGGUCUGGAACACAUGUUAAUAAAUUGCUCAAAAAUGCUUCCUGCCAAUAUUACUCAACUAAACAAUGUUCCACCAACUCAGGAAGCAUACUAUGACCCCAAUCUCCCACCGGUCACUAAGAGUCUACUUACCAACUGCAAACCAGUAACUGAUAAAAUCCACAAGGCAUAUAAGGACAAAAACAAAUACAGGUUCGAAAUCAUGGGAGAGGAAGAGAUUGCUUUUAAAAUGAUCCGUACUAAUGUUUCUCAUGUGGUCGGGCAGUUGGAUGACAUACGGAAAAAUCCCAGGAAAUUUGUUUGCCUGAAUGACAACAUUGACCAUAAUCAUAAAGAUGCCCAGACAGUGAAGGCUGUUCUCAGGGACUUCUAUGAGUCCAUGUUCCCCAUUCCAUCCCAAUUUGAGCUGCCAAGAGAGUAUCGCAACCGUUUCCUUCAUAUGCAUGAGCUGCAAGAAUGGAGGGCAUAUCGGGAUAAAUUGAAGUUUUGGACCCAUUUUGUCCUGGCAACAUUGAUUAUAUUUACUGUAUUCUCUUUUUUUGCUGAACAGUUAAUUGCACUUAAGCGGAAGAUAUUUCCCAGAAGGCGGCUACUCAAAGAAGCUAGUCCUGAUCGAAUCAGGGUGUAGAAGAUCUUUUUGAAUAUCACCUACCUCAGUGUUUACUGAGCAUUUUAAAAUGUGGAGCCACAAGGAUGUACGUCUUCAUGAUGCGCAGCUUGGCCAGCUUGGCCCGAGGAAGGGAAGAUGCCCAGGACAGUACUUGUUCUGUGGCCUGACGGUGGCCCAUUGGCCAGGGAUUGUUCAACCAGCACCUUAAAAACGUGUGCUCAGCAACUCUGAACUGGUUGUACUUUUAAAAAAGCGUUUUCUCAUAGACUUGUCAUCCUUUUUAUAAAGAAGCUCAUUGAUGAGAGGCAGCUGCUGGUUUCCCGUAGCAGCCAUUGCAAGCUCACUUGGAUAUGAAAAGUACAGGUCAGCGUGGGGGCAGUUGCUGAGGGGCCCCAGCCUUUGCAUUCCA